CUGUUCGUCAGUUCAUCGGUGUCCUCACCAUCUUCUCUCCCAUCUUUAGUGUCUGCAGUCUCUGUUCAUCUCCUGUACUGUGUCCGCAGUCUCUGGUCAUCUCUGUAGUAUGUCCACAGUCUCUGGUCAUCUCCUGUAGUAUGUCCGCAGUCUCUGGUCAUCUCCUGUAGUAUGUCCGCAGUCUCUGGUCAUUCCGUGUACUAUGUCCGCAGGCUCUGGUCAUCUCCUGUACUAUGUCCGCAGAGUCUGGUCAUCUCCUGUACUAUGUCCACAGACUCUGGUCAUCUCCUGUACUAUAUCCGCAGACUCUGUCAUCUCCUGUACUAUGUCCGCAGUCUCUGGUCAUCUCCUGUUACUGUCUGCAGU